ACUCACUUAAUUUGCUUUUCUUCUAUUAUUUACGUCAAUCCUUUCUUGACGAUGUUUAGGAUGUUUAGAGGAGGGGGAGAUACCGUCGACGAACAAUGAAUAGGAUCAAGGAAGCUCUGGCUAGAAUAGCUCGUGCCGCUCGUGGAUCGCGCGACCCGGCUUCUUCUUCAAGCUUACGCCUAGACCGCGUAGGCCGAUCGAGUAGCUCGACACUCGACUCUCGGGAAAAGGUCCUGGUACGCCCAGAUGGCCGAGGUCCUCUUAUCCUCUUUGACGGCACCCAACACGGCGACGACGGCGUCGAUAUCGUUUUCGUCCAUGGACUCUACGGCCAACGCAGCGGGACCUGGACAAAAGCCGGUGUCUGCUUUCCUCGCGACUUUCUCGGGCAGGAUAUCCCGGGUGUUAGAAUUAUUGUAUGGGGAUGGGUCGGAGCCUUGGGUACCAGCGGUACAUUUUCCGAGCAAGCAGAAAGCCUGCUAGCAGAUAUUGCUCGUAUGCGUACUAGGACCAAACGUCCUAUCAUCUUUGUAGGCCAUGGCAUUGGCGGUCUUGUUAUCAAAGAGGCCCUGGUCACGGCGGCGAUGUCACGGAUAUACGGCGCACACGUCGAGCUGGGCAACGUGUACCCUAAGACUAUUGGGUGCGUCUUCUUAGGUACACCUCACGUAAGGGGUGGAAAGCGUUCCCUAGGUGAAUGCAUUGCUACAACUGCUCUGUUAUCACCGACUCCGCCGACGCCUCAGCUCCUGAAAGCUUUCAAGGAAAGCGAUAAAGCCUUCGAGAACCUUCACAGCACAUUUCUUAUGAUUUCGAGAGACAUAAGAAUUAUAUGUGCUCGAGAAAAGUUGCCAACGACCAUAACAGCCUCGGCUGAUCUCGUAAAGGAUGCUGAUGGAAUGGAAUUGGGAAGGGGGACGAUCCAGAUGAUAGUCCCAAGGGACUGCGCGACCUACGAUGGCUUCAACGUAUCAAAGCUCGACGUAAUGGUAACCCACCAGGACCUCGCAAGAUGUAAGAGCAGAGACGACCCAGGAUAUGCGCAGAUUGUUCAGUAUCUCGUCAAAGCAGCAACUGCUCUAUCACCCGCCGAAGUCGAGGCGAGAGAACCCCGAAAUCAAGAAAUCCUUAAUGCUCUUUACUUCGACACUAUGAAUGAACGCGAGUCCCGAAUAGACCCAGUCUAUGGCGAUACGUGUGACUGGAUCUUGGAUCCUAACCAAUCUCCCCUCCCUAAAUUCCUCGGAUCUAGUGAUACCGUCCUAUGGAUUAGUGGCACAGCUGGAUCUGGAAAAUCGACGCUGAUGAGGCACCUAUGGCGAUCCGAACAGUUGAAAGAGCAACUCCUCGACGGCGACUGGGGGAACGGGGGUGAUUUAAGCAUGGCUUGUUUUUUCAUGUUCGAAGGUGGUGGUCCGAUCCAGAAAUCCUACGAAGGCUUUCAACGCAGCAUUUUAUACCAAAUCCUAUCAGCAAGACGUGAUCUCAUUAGAGUCGCCUUUCCUAGCUUUUUCGAUGGCCCUUGGCCACCUCCAGUAUUAUUCACCAGCAACCGCAAUCUUAACCAAGCAUUCUACUCUAUCUUCGCCCAGAUGUCUGACAACAUACGCCUCUUCAUUUUCAUGGACGGGCUUGACGAAUACCGUAUUAUAGAUCGGAAGGAUCAAUAUGAGCCAAACGAGCUUGACGUCACUUACAAGAACACGGGAGAUGAAUUUUGGGGCCAGAGCAAAUGGGCUAUGGAUUCUCACGUAGAGAUCUCGAAACUCGUCAACAGCAUGAGCAACAAGGACAACAUUAAAUUCAUCAUCACCUCACGUGAACUAACAGUGUUUGAGGAAGCUUUUGCUGACUUCCCAAGAAUCAAACUCCAAGAUCACACAGAACGGUCCAUUACGCAAUAUGUGGCAGGCCGACUUGAAGAUGAGGCUCCUGGGUUACCAGAUACCAACAAUCUCUGUAUGGAGAUAGCCCAGAAAAGUCAUGGCGAUAUACUAUGGGCUAGGCUAGCGAUUGAUAUGGUAGUCGGUUGCAGUUUGCGCAGUUUAAGGGGCAUGUUGAACUCUUUACCGUCGCACCUCGGAGGGCCUGACGGCCUGUACAUGCGUAUGCUGCAAAACCUAAGCCACGAACAUCAGCAUAGCGCAUCUAGGAUUUUUCAUAUUGUCCUCAGAGCACAGCAGCCGCUGAGCUUAAUUACACUCGCAUUUGCUGAAGAAGGCUAUCUGCACCCUGGCACGGGCGAGCUGAGGAUGGUUUACGAUAACCAGCGUCCUUACGACAAUGAUGCCGUCGAAAGUCUAGCCGAUGAAAUGCAGAGCCGGCUACAAACCUGUUGUGUCGGCCUUCUAGUUGCCGAGACGGGGGUAUCCACUAACUCUAACACCGUAGAAACGGGGAAACGAGUCGUCUUUUCUGAUCAGACAGCUAAAGAAUGGGUACGGCGCAAGGACAUAUGGCAGAAACUCCCUGGUGUUAAACCCGUCGAUGAUAUAGAGCUGGACUUCUCACUACUUAGUGGAUUUGCGAGGCACAUCAAGGUUUUUGGAGUUACGCAAUCUCCGGUAUUGGCAUGGCCAAGCUGGCGAGUCCGGCCUGAUGCGUGGCUAUUGGUUUCGAACGUGAUGCGGUAUGCUGAGAGGAUUGACAGCAAGAUUGAUGAUCUACAGAAAUAUUGCGAGCUGUUGGACGAGGUAGAUAGUACAUGCCAACAGAUCUGGGUCGCGUCUCUGAAGAGUCACAAACCUCUCCACGAGGAUCCCGAUUGGUACGAGAGUCGGCUCCCAAGUCUUCUCAAGAAACACUGGUCCAGUUACGAACCAAUGGAUAUUGGCAAGCCACCUAAGCGGAAAGACUUCCUAACGCUCGCCGUCCAGGCUAGUCUGGUCCGAUACGUCGAUACAAAACUAAAUAAACUAAGUGGCGAAGCGAAAAGGAAGAAGGCCCAGGAACUUCUGCCUUUUGUCGUCAGCCCCAAGGCUGAUGGCAUCAGCGCUUGUGCCGCUCUCAGUGGAGAUUACUCAGAGUUCCACCACGAUAUGCCAGACUCCCGCUUGCUAGAUAUUCUGUUCGAAGCAGGAGCAUCCGCACGCGAUGACGAGAGGCUGUGGACAAAGGCAUUGAAAGCAGGGCGGAAUUACUUCUCAAGAGGCAGCGUUACGAUGACGCACUUGCUGGAGACAUCAUCGAGCGCGAGGCUUAUGGAGAAUCGCGAGAGGUGGGUUGCCGCCAUCAAGGCGUUACUACAGCACGGCGCGGAUCCCAAUACCGAUAUCCAAGUUACAACCGGAGAAGGAGAAAACCAGUCCACGACAACAGUAGCAGCCGUGGACCUAAUACGGGAUACGCUAGAGGGAGAGCCUGAAUAUGCCGUCGAGCUUGUCGAGAUGGAAGUACUAAUGGGUAGGAGAGGGAGCGUUGGCCUUGCGAGAUGAGAUUGACGAUGACAUGUGAUGAAGUGCUUCUAGCUCGGGAAACUAGGGAGGUGGGGGGGGGGACAUAAGGUUGGGAUGGUGUGCAGAGGAAGGAAAAGUUUUGGAGGUAACAAGGAGACUCCAGAUUGACUAAAGUGGUUCACGAGUCUAUAUAACGUAUCACGACUAACUAACAGUAUCCGUUGGCUUG